AUAGUAUGUAUAGGAUUAUCUAACUGUAAUGCAUAAAUAUUAGAUUCAAUUUUCAAAAUUAUUGUUAUUUUUUUUAAAAAUAAAUAUAAAUUUGAGAAAAAUGUAAAUACAAAUUCCUUAGAACUUUUAGAUGACGGGUAUUAUUUGAAUUUUUAUUGUCUUUUUGACUUUCGUGCGGGUAGAAAAGAAGUGGUGUAGAAAUGCUCCUACCUUUAAAUGCCUUGCAAGGUAAAUUUAAGGGAAGAUUUUUUAUUUUUAUUCUUUUACUCUUCUGGUAUGUGAUUAUCUUUGUGAUUCUGUUCAUUCUCCAAAGCCCUAUAGUUUGUAUACAUGUGUGUGUUAGUAAUUAAGUCUUCAGCCAGGAGUGGAUGGUCUGCUCUGUGAUCCUGCUUCUGAUUAUUGUUGUGGUUUCUGCAGCCCCAGCGAGCGGCUCUAAGUCCAGGCUGCACGUCAUUUGCAAUCUGGAGACUGUUGAUCACCUCACUAAUUACACCUCCCCCUCUCUCUCCUCUCUCCUCUCUCUCUCUCUCUUUCUCGCUCGCUCUCUCUCAUUCCCAGAGUGCAUAUCAGGAACAGACACACAAAGACAUGCGCACUCAACUUAAUCAGCCAUUUUUUUAAACAGGGCUAAAACGAUAAUAAUUAGCAGAAUAAAGACAUUCAUUUCCUUUCCUCCUUUUCCCAAGCCCUUCACAAGCAAACAGCGAGGCAGCGGAUGGCACAUGCUUUCACACCCAGCGGACCCAGAACAACAAGCAGAGCCUCUUCUCCGCUCUGUUCCUCGUAUCUGCACUCCUGCAAAAAAAGUUCCAGGAUUAUUAUCCCUUUUUUUUUUGUACGAUUGUCCUUUUUUAUUCAGAAUUUUUUUUUUCCUCUUGAUGAACAUUCUCCUUGUAUUGGAUGGGAUCAGCUGUUGUGAAUAAGCUGAAGAGAGAGAUACACACACAGUCUGUAUAAGAAGAACGAGUGAAAACUGCGAGGGGGAAAUGGAAAGUAAGUUUUUUCCUUAACUUUUAUUGAGCAGUUUGUGUUAAAUUUAGGUCAGGUAUUGAUUAUCUUUCCAGGCUGAUCUUGCACAAUCUUUGAUAUUUUGCUCGCUCUCCCACUCUCUCUCUCUCUCUCUCUGCUCGCUCAGAGGCUCACUUUGUUUCUCUCACAUACACACACACAUACACACACACAUUCCCCAUCUGCACAGAUCCCGGCUAACUCCCCCUUCCUUCCUUUUCUUUCCUCCGAACUGACAUACCAGGGAGCAGUCCGCACUGAUUGCUGCUGGGUGUCCGUUUGCUUUUUCUCUUUUUCUUUUCUCUUUUUUUCCCCCCUCCGGUUUUUUACUCUGUUGCAACUUGGAUUAGACAUCUCAACGCAGGGAAGGAGCAAAUAAAAAAAAAUAAAAAAUCUGUCUGUCAGACAGCAAGAAGCCCGGCUGUCAAAAAACAAAAAAGAGUGCCCCACAUCUCUCAGCCAGGGUUGUCUGGAAGCUGCAUUUCCCCUGUAAAGAUAAAUAAAAAUUCUGAAGCCUGAUUUUUUUUCCACUCUAGCUUUUCCUCUCGCUUCGCACAAUGAUCUGCAUUUAUUUCAGGCGUUUUAGGGCUGCAGGUACGUGCUUGGCUCGUAGGGCAAUAUUAGUGCUCCUACUCCUAUGGGCAGCAGUAAAAAAAAAAAGUUACUCUUGCUGUAAAGCACACUUCCCGUCAUGGUCGUCACCGUUUCUAUACAACGCUGUAAACCUUGUAUUAUGUUGUUGUAUUUUACAAUAGAAUAUGCAGAUCUGCUUUCUUCUUUAGCUUAGUGGUAUGGUCUGCUAGGUUUAGAUGACCUUGCUGGGGGUGGCUGGCGAAGAAUGGCCGUGGGGGAUGGUUUUUUUUUUAGACCGUCUCCUGGAGAUUCCUUGUCCUGUGCUGGCUGUGUGCUUCAGGGGCAAGCAUAACUCAUCCCUCCACUCCCAGCUAACAGCCUCCCUGACUCUGUGCACACAAUGAAGCUGACAUGCAAGUCAAAGCCUUCUCACAAUAGCGGAAGAAAAUAAAAAAAAAAUCCCACAAGUUCUCUUCAUAAAAACGUCCUUUAUCUCUAUGACAUGUUAUGUACAAGACCCCAUGCUAAAAAAAAUAAAAAAUUGAAAUGCAGCAUUCCUCGUGAAGGCUUCUGUCUAUGUUAGUAAGGCAACUCUACUUCUAUGAUCUGCUCCUUUAUUUUUACCUGCUCCGUAAUCUUUCUCCUAUUUCAGUCUACCUUAAUCUGAUUGUGAAGGCAGGCUUGCAGUCCCAGGGAAGUUGGUAGUGUAGCAGACAAGCUUAUUGUGUUACCUGCGAGUUGUGCUGGGGGUUUAUCUGCUUCUGCCGAAACAAGAGCAGUAAGGCAGGCAAGAGCAGGCUCCUUCGUUCCUUUUAACCCUUGCGGCUCUUUCGCUGUUUUCUCCAACGUUUCUUUGAAAUGAACAGGAUAAGUGAUCAGGCUCACCCCAGAAAAAAAAAAAAAUAUUAAAAAUACAGUAACAAAAGGGAGGGGAGGGGGGGAGACUUGAUGAGAGUAAAACAAAGCCAACUUCACGUUGAAGAUGGUGGCUAAUAUUUAUCCAAACAGGCUGCUGUGACGGAAGUCUGGUCAUCCCGUUGUCUGACAGUUGCAUUUCCUCUGCUCCAUUCCAUUUUCCUUUUUUUUUUUUUUUCAUUAACCCUUCUUCCUUUUUAAUGAAGGCUCAUGUAGAUGUCAGGCAAAGGAGGUUAUGCAUUUUUUGCUCCUUCUUCUGCUCGUGGAUUUUCCCUGGCUUGUUCCUUGCGAGAAGUCGCUGCUUGAAAGCCCAGAAAAUGUAAUAUUUGUGGUAUUGUGGAAGCAGAGGCAGUGAAAUAUGCAGCCCAGCCUGUGGGGCUGCUGCUUAGAUUGAGGUAGAGACUUGGCUGCGAUUGGGACACGACAGUGACAUGGGCAUCGAUCGCUUCCAUUGAGAGCAAUGCAAAAACACAGCCUGGGUCCCUGACAGGCUGGAUGAAAUGAGAUCCACAUGUAGCAAUUGCCAUGGAAACCUGUGACUCCCCUACUAUCUCAAGACAAGAAAAUGGGCAGAGCACAUCAAAGCUAUGUGGAGCGACACAACUUGACAAUGAAGUGCCAGAAAAAGUCGCAGGGAUGGAGCCUGACAGAGAAAGCAGCUCUUCAGAUGACAACCUGAGAACGGAUGAUCGCAAAAGUGAAAUCUUGCUGGGUUUUGGUUUGGAGAAUGCAGUUGCCGCUCAGGUUAACUCAGCUAAAGAGAUACCCUGCAACGAAUGUGCCACUGCGUUCCCCAGUUUACAGAAAUACAUGGAACACCACUGCCCUAACGCUCGCCUUCCUGUCUUGAAGGACGACAAUGAUAGCGAAAUAAGCGAGCUAGAGGACAGUGAUGUGGAGAAUUUAUUAGGGGAGAUACUUUACCAGCCUGAUGGAUCAGCUUAUAUAAUUGAGGACUCCAAAGACAGUGGGCAGAAUGUACAAACAGGAGCUAACAAUAAACUCUUUUCUACAGCUAUGUUUCUGGACUCGUUUUCAGCAGCUGGAGAGAAGAGUGAUCAGUCUGUUUCAGCAUCCAUGUCUUUCUACCCACAGAUCAUUAACACUUUUCAUAUUGCUUCAUCCCUCGGGAAACCAUUUAUGGCCGAUCAGGCUUUCCCAAAUACCUCAGCAUUAGCAGGAGUUGGUCCUGUGUUGCACAGUUUCCGUGUCUAUGAUCUUCGACAUAAGAGAGACAAAGACUAUCUUACCAGUGAUGGCUCAGCCAAAAACUCCUGUGUGUCCAAAGAUGUUCCAAACAAUGUGGACUUGUCUAAAUUUGAUGGUUGUGUUAGUGAUGGGAAAAGGAAACCUGUUUUAAUGUGUUUCUUGUGCAAGUUGUCAUUUGGUUAUAUUAGGUCAUUUGUAACCCAUGCUGUGCAUGAUCAUCGGAUGACCCUUAAUGAUGAGGAGCAAAAGCUUCUCAACAAUAAAUAUGUAUCUGCCAUAAUACAGGGGAUUGGCAAGGACAAAGAACCUCUUAUAAGCUUUCUGGAACCAAAAAAACCCAAUUCUGUUUUCCCCCAUUUUUCUACUACAAACCUCAUAGGCCCCGAUCCAACCUACCGUGGUUUAUGGAGUGCUUUUCAUGUUGAAAAUGGUGACUCUUUGCAGGCAGGAUUUGCAUUUUUGAAAGGAAGUGCAAGUUCUGCUGGCUCAACAGAGCAGUUACAUGGGGUCAACCAAAUGCCAAAGGCUGAAGUGAACUUGGGGGGCAUGCCUAGUCCAAAAGCUAGCACCCCAAUUACCUCUGUGUCCCACAGCCACUUAUCAUCUGACUCUAACAAGCAGGUGGACAGCAAAAACCAAGACAGCAACUGUGAAAGGCAAAAAGAGACCAGUAACUCACAUCCUAAUGGUGAGCUCCCUAUUAAAAGUGAGCCUGCUGAAGGGGUAGAUGAAGAAGAAGAUUCAUAUUGUAAUGAACUUGAUGAGGAGGAGGUUUUAGGUGACCUGGCAGAUAGUAUUGGUAGCAAAGAUUUCCCUCUCUUAAACCAAAGCAUUUCUUCUUUAUCAUCCAGUGUGCUAAAAUUUAUUGAAAAGGGUACCUCGUCCUCCUCUGCGACUGUUUCUGAUGAUUCAGAAAAGAAAAAGCAAACUGCUGUACUUAGAACUCAUAGCAAUGUUGCUGGUAGCUUUAAUAUUAGUGGCAAGGACUUUGAGGAUGCAAGUGCCAGAAAAGACUGUGCAAAUUCUCUUUCACCAAAUGAACUAGUUAGAGGAGAAGAAGAUAAUUCUAAUGCUCCUCACCAGCAUAUCUUGGUACAUGGCAUGCCCGGCUUAAGUGAGGGCUCCCCAGGAAAUGGUAUCGAGUGUCCAAAGUGUGACACAGUCCUGGGGUCCUCAAGGUCAUUGGGCGGCCAUAUGACAAUGAUGCAUUCUAGAAACUCUUGCAAAACUUUAAAAUGCCCCAAAUGCAACUGGCACUAUAAGUAUCAGCAGACUCUAGAGGCCCAUAUGAAGGAGAAACAUCCAGAGUCAACUGGCACUUGUGCUUAUUGUAAGACUGGACAGCCUCACCCUCGGCUUGCCAGGGGUGAAAGUUACACUUGUGGCUACAAACCCUUCCGUUGUGAGGUUUGUAACUACUCUACAACUACCAAAGGCAACCUCAGUAUUCAUAUGCAGUCAGACAAGCACCUAAAUAAUGUCCAGAACCUACAGAAUGGAAAUGGUGAACAGGUCUAUGGCCAUACAUCCCCAGCACCUAACACAAGUCUCAGUGGCUGUGGGACACCAUCUCCAUCUAAACCAAAACAAAAACCCACCUGGCGUUGUGAGGUGUGCGAUUACGAAACCAACGUGGCACGAAAUCUCCGUAUUCACAUGACGAGCGAAAAGCACAUGCACAACAUGAUGCUUUUGCAGCAAAACAUGAAACAGAUCCAGCACAAUCUGCACUUAGGCCUUGCACCAGCUGAGGCAGAGCUUUAUCAGUACUACCUAGCCCAAAAUAUAGGCCUGACUGGGAUGAAAAUGGAAAGCCCAGCCGACCCUCAGAUGAUGAUAAACCCAUUCCAGCUUGACCCUGCCACAGCUGCAGCAUUGGCUCCAGGACUUGUAAAUAAUGAGCUGCCGCCUGAAAUCCGACUUGCCAGUGGUCAGCUAAUGGGUGAUGACCUGUCCCUCCUUACUACAGGAGAGCUGUCACCUUAUAUCAGUGACCCAACGUUGAAGCUUUUCCAGUGCGCUGUUUGCAACAAAUUCACCUCUGACAGCCUGGAGGCCCUGAAUGUGCAUGUGAGCAGUGAGCGCUCUCUCCCUGAAGAGGAAUGGAGAGCUGUAAUUGGAGACAUCUACCAGUGCAAGCUAUGUAACUACAACACGCAGCUGAAAGCCAACUUCCAGCUCCACUGCAAAACUGAUAAACAUAUGCAAAAGUAUCAACUGGUGGCUCAUAUCAAAGAAGGGGGCAAAAGCAAUGAGUGGAGACUGAAAUGCAUUGCUAUUGGCAACCCGGUGCACCUGAAGUGCAAUGCUUGUGAUUACUACACCAACAGCGUGGAUAAAUUACGCUUACACAACACCAACCACAGGCAUGAGGCGGCCGUGCGGCUCUACAAGUACUUGCAAAAACACGAGAGCACAGUGAAUGCGGAGUCGUGCUACUACUACUGCGCUCUGUGUGAUUACUCCACAAAGAUCAAGUUGAACAUGGUACUGCACGUACGGUCGGUGAAGCACCAGCAGACGGAGGGUCUACGCAAGCUGCAGUUACACCAGCAGGGUCUUUCACUGGAUGAGGACAGCCUAAGCGAGAUCUUCUUUGUGAAAGACUGCCCACCCAAUGAUCCUGAAGAGCAAGCGGAGGAAGUAGAAGAAACUCCAAGAAUUACAGCAGUAGCCCCAGCCGAGGAGAAAGGCACAAAUGAGAAAGACAGCAGCAGCGAGGGCAAGACAUUAAAGGAUUCAGGUUCCAGGACGGAAACUCCUGAUAAGGAGCAUGUCUUGAAUUCGACAGCAGCAAAGCGGCAGCUAAUGCAAAGUAAAGAAGAGGAUGGUGCAAUUAAGAGAACAAGGACUGCAGAUGACAAUAGCAUUUCUCAAGAACAGUGCUAUCAGUGUCCCUACUGCAACUACAGCAGCAAGGACCCAAAUCGUAUCCAUAUGCACAUCCUCUCCCAGCAUUCAGUGCAACCGGUGAUAUCAUGUCCCCUUUGCCAAGAUGUUCUCAGCAACAAAAUGCAUCUACAGUUGCAUCUGACUCAUUUACACAGUGUAUCUCCAGAUUGUGUGGAAAAGUUACUCAUGACUAUUUCUGUACCAGAGGUCAUGAUGCCAAACAGUAUGCUCCUGCCACCAGCUGCAUCUGAGAAGUCAGAAGCUGAGAUAUUGGCAUCUGUAACCAAUGAAUUGUCAGGAAAGUCAACAGGUGACAGUCCAACAGAAGAAAAAAACAUUCAAGGUGGAGAUGAUAUAAAAGCAGGAAUUGAAAUUAAAACAGAGGAGCAAAAUUUGUCCAAAGAAUCACAAGAUACCACAGAGUGGAACAAAAACAUCAGCAAAGAUGCAAAACCAUGUGACUUACUAACGGAACAGCUGAAUGAUCAGCAAAGAAGGCAGCAGCUCUCGGUUUCUGACCGACACGUCUAUAAAUACCGUUGUAACCAUUGUAGUUUGGCUUUUAAGACUAUGCAGAAGCUUCAGAUACAUUCCCAGUAUCAUGCUAUUAGGGCUGCUACCAUGUGUAGUCUUUGCCAACGUAGCUUCCGUACAUUCCUGGCUUUAAAAAAACAUUUGGAAACUGGCCACCCUGAGCUUAAUGAGACUGAACUUCAGCAACUGUGUGCAACUUUACCUGUAAAUGGAGAGCUCUGGUCCGAAAAUGAAAGUAUAGCUCCAGAUGAACACUCCCUAGAGCAGGAAAAUGAGCGAGAAUAUGAGACGGACCAUGAAGGGAAAGCUAGCCCAGUUGGGAGUGACAGUAGCUCCAUUCCAGAUGACUUGGGCUCUGAACCAAAGCGGACUUUGCCUUUUAGGAAAGGGCCAAAUUUUACUAUGGAAAAAUUUUUAGAUCCAUCACGACCAUAUAAGUGUACAGUAUGUAAAGAGUCCUUCACACAAAAGAACAUUCUUUUGGUCCAUUAUAAUUCAGUAUCUCAUUUGCAUAAGCUUAAAAAAGUUUUACAGGAAGCAUCAAGCCCAGUUCCUCAAGAGACCAACAACAGCACUGACAAUAAACCAUACAAGUGCAGCAUUUGUAAUGUUGCCUACAGCCAAAGUUCUACAUUGGAAAUCCAUAUGAGAUCUGUCCUUCACCAAACUAAGGCAAGGGCUGCCAAGCUAGAACCUAAUAGUAACAAUACUAGUGGGAAUAAUAUACCAGGGAAUGUUAGCAGCCCAAACCAAGGGAUGCUAGAUUCUAUGAGUUUGCCAGCUGUUAACUGCAAAGAACCCCACCCAGAUGCCAAAGAAACAAACAAAAAGCAAGCUCCUGAAAUUAUUCCCACCCAACCUCCACAUCAUCCACCCCAGUCACCAGCACAGCUUCAAAUGCAACUGCAGCAUGAAUUGCAACAACAAGCUGCAUUCUUUCAACCACAUUUCUUAAACCCAGCAUUUCUUCCCCACUUUCCCAUGACUCCUGAAGCUCUUAUUCAGUUCCAACAACCUCAGUUUCUUUUUCCUUUUUACAUACCUGGCACAGAAUUUAGCCUAAAUCCUGAUUUGGGCCUACCUGCCUCUGCUGCAUUUGGUAUGCCUGGCAUGGCUGGAUCAUUUCUUGAAGAUUUAAAGCUGCAAAUUCAAACACAACAUCAAAUCGGGCAGACUCAGCUGCAAAUGUUGCAACAGCAAGCCCAACAGCAAGCCCAGCAAUAUCAAGUACAGUCACAGCAUCAAUCACAGAAACACCAUCAUCCCAAUAGGAUACUUAAACAGGAACAAAGCAGCAUUGCAAAUGUUGAAAGUCAACUAACAAAAGAUUCAUUAACUUAUAAGGAUUCUGAAGAUGUGCAUGAAAAAAAGGAGAAACCAAAGCAUGAAAUUUCAAAUGAUAAUGACACUCCCAAAGAUAAAGAUGUUAAGAAGCAAAAGCCAUCGGAUUCUACUAUUCUACCACCCCGAAUAGCGUCUGGUGCUAGAGGAAAUGCAGCAAAAGCUCUGCUUGAAAACUUUGGAUUUGAAUUGAUAAUUCAAUACAAUGAAAACAGGCAGAAAGUACAGAAGAAACAUAAACUUGGAGAUAAUGGAAAUCAUGAGAAAUUAGAGUGUGGGGAAUGUAGUAAGCUAUUUUCAAAUAUUCUGAUCCUAAAGAGUCAUCAAGAACAUGUUCAUGGACAGUUUUUCCCUUAUGGAGAAUUAGAAAAGUUUGCCCGUCAAUACAGAGAAGCAUAUGAUAAACUUUAUCCAAUUGCUCCAUCUUCUCCAGAAACUCCUCCACCCCCACCACCUCCUCCACCGCCUCCUCCAUCUGCACCACCUGCACAACCUCCUCCAGCACUUACUCCUGUGGUACCGGUAAAAAUCCCAAGUUCGACACCAACUCCAUUGCAAGCUCCUCCUCCAACACCACCUCCUCCACCACCACCACCACCUCCUCCUCCACCACCACCUCCAGCUCCACCUCAAGUUCAACUUCCAGUCUCUUUAGACCUUCCACUUUUCCCUCCAAUUAUGAUGCAAUCUGUCCAACAUCCUGCUUUACCACCACAACUUGCACUACAACUCUCUCCUAUGGAUGCAUUGUCAGCAGAUCUUACACAGAUGUGUCAGCAACAGUUGGGUUUAGAUCCGAAUUUCCUGCGUCAUUCUCAGUUUAAACGCCCACGUACAAGAAUUACAGAUGACCAACUGAAAAUAUUACGUGCCUACUUUGAUAUUAACAAUUCCCCAAAUGAAGAUCAAAUACAGGAGAUGGCAGAUAAAUCAGGGCUUUCCUUGAAGGUCAUUAAACACUGGUUCCGUAAUACAUUAUUUAAGGAGCGGCAAAGAAAUAAAGAUUCCCCAUACAAUUUCAGUAAUCCUCCCAUAACAGUCCUUGAUGAUAUAAGAAUUGAGCCACAACUACCUUCCAUAGAUAUUCACAGGUCAGACUCAUCUUUCAGCAAAAGGUCAUCAAGGACUAGGUUUACUGACUAUCAACUUAGAGUCUUACAGGACUUUUUUGACACUAAUGCAUACCCAAAGGAUGAUGAGAUUGAACAACUUUCUACAGUACUCAACUUAGGCACACGUGUUAUUGUUGUAUGGUUUCAAAAUGCCCGUCAGAAGGCAAGAAAAUGUUAUGAAAAUCAAGCUGAAGCUAAAGACAGUGAAAAGAGAGAACUAACUAAUGAGCGUUACAUUCGUACUAGCAACAUGCAGUAUCAAUGUAAGAAAUGUAAUGUUGUGUUCCCUAGAAUAUUUGACUUAAUUACUCAUCAGAAAAAGCUUUGUUAUAAAGAUGAAGAUGAUGAUCUGCAAGAUGAAAGUCAAACAGAAGAUUCUUUGGAUGCUACAGAUCAAAUAAUGCCAAAGACAUACUAUUAUACUAGUCAGACUGAGACAUCUAAAGCUACCACAGUAAGCUCUGGAUCUGGCUCAAGCACCCCUUUAAUUCCAUCACCCAGACCAGAGUUUGGAAAAACUUCACCAAAACCUGACACACACCCUGAGAAACCAAAGCAAAUUGAUGCUAUUGCAAGCUCAUUAGCCUUUAAAUUAACACAGUCUAAUUCAACUUCAACAUCAUCUGAUACACAACCUUCAGUAACCGUUACACAACAAAGACAACAAAUUACAAGACCUUCAUCAGCAUCCCAAACCACUCCUGUUCCAUCUAGUCCAUUACAAAUAUCUCUGACUUCUCUGCAAAACAGCCUACCUCCUCAGUUGCUACAGUACCAAUGUGAUCAGUGCACAGUUGCUUUUCCAACACUAGAGUUGUGGCAGGAGCACCAACACAUGCAUUUUUUAGCUGCCCAAAACCAGUUUCUCCAUUCACAAUUCUUGGAAAGGCCAAUAGAUAUGCCAUACAUGAUUUUUGACCCUAACAACCCUCUGAUGGCAGGACAAUUACUUGGAGGUUCCAUGUCACACUUGCCACCACAACCGGGGGCACCACAUGGAGCCACACCAGUUUCUGCAUCUUUGAAAAGAAAGCUAGAUGACAAAGAUGAUAAUAACUGCAGCGAGAAGGAGGGGGGCAAUAGUGGUGAGGACCAACAUCGGGAUAAGCGAUUAAGGACUACAAUUACUCCUGAACAACUAGAAAUAUUGUAUGAGAAGUAUUUACUAGAUUCUAAUCCAACUAGAAAGAUGCUUGACCAUAUUGCAAGAGAAGUGGGCCUGAAAAAAAGAGUGGUACAAGUCUGGUUUCAAAAUACAAGAGCCAGAGAAAGAAAAGGUCAAUUUAGGGCUGUAGGACCUGCCCAGUCCCAUAAAAGGUGUCCGUUUUGCCGUGCUCUAUUUAAAGCAAAGUCAGCCUUAGAAAGUCACAUAAGAUCUCGGCACUGGAAUGAGGGAAAGCAAGCUGGUUAUAGUUUGCCACCAAGUCCUCUGAAUACAAUGGACGAUGGUGGUGAAAGUCCAAACAAAUAUAUGUAUUUUGAUUAUCCCCAAGUACAAAAAAAUGAUCAGCUAAGUGAAAAUGAUUUGCCCUCUACUGUUUCUACACCUGUUAGCAAAAAUGCUGAGCUGUCGCCGAAGAAUCUUUUAAGCCCAUCAUCUUUUAGGGCAGAAUGCAAUGAGGACUUAGAAAACUUGAAUGCCCCCCCCGCGGAAAGAUUUGAUCAAAGCAAAAAUGACUUUGAUGAAACAUCAUCAAUUAACACGGCGAUCAGUGAUGCUACAACAGGAGAUGAGGGAAACAAUGAUGGGGAAAGCACCACUGGUAGUACUAAAGAUGUAAAAACUCCCAAAGAGCCAAAAAUGCACAUAAAUGACAGUUUGCCAAAAACAGAAACUACUCACAUGGUAGAUAGCUGUGAUGAGAGUUUCUUCUUCUCUUUAACAAAUACAUCACAUAAUAACAUAGACAGAGAAAGUGAUCAAGACCAAAGCAUAUAUAUGACUGAUGAAUUUGAGGACAAUGCCGACCGUAGUGAAACAUCAAGUAUAGCAGAUCCCAGCUCACCAAAUUCAUUUGGUAGUAACAAUCCUUUUAAAACCAAAAAUAAUGAUCGACCAGGUCAUAAAAGAUUUAGAACUCAAAUGAGUAAUGUUCAACUUAAGGUUCUUAAAGCUUGCUUUUGUGAUUAUAGAACUCCAACAAUGCAAGAAUGUGAAAUUUUGGGCAAUGAGAUUGGUCUUCCCAAACGUGUUGUUCAAGUUUGGUUUCAAAAUGCACGGGCAAAAGAAAAGAAAUUUAAAAUAAACAUAGGGAAGCCAUUCAUGAUUAACCAAACUGGGCCAGAUGGAACAAAACUAGAGUGUUCUCUUUGUGGGGUGAAAUAUUCAGCACGACUGUCCAUUCGAGAUCACAUUUUUUCAAAGCAACAUAUUAACAAAGUGAGAGAAACUAUAGGAAGUCAGCUUGACCGUGAAAAGGAUUACUUGGCUCCUACAACUGUGCGGCAACUGAUGGCACAGCAUGAACUGGAUCGUAUCAAAAAGGCCACAGAUGUUUUGGGUUUAUCUGUUCAGCAGUCAAGUAUAAUGGAGAACAGUCCUCUUCAUGGUCUCAAUCUGCCAACGUCUUACCAAGGGCUACCUGGCCUUCCUCCAGUUCUUCUUCCUGGGAUGAACAGCCCAUCUCCAUUGCCUGGGUUUACACAGAGUUCAAAUGCUCUGACAUCUCCUGGUGCAGGCAUGCUUGGGUUCCCACCUUCAGCUACUCCAUCACCUGCUUUGUCUCUCAGCAGUGCCCCCACCAAACCGUUGCUGCAGACUCCUCCACCAACUCAUCCUCCUCCACUGCCACCACAACCGUCUCCAUCAUCCUCUUUGUCAGGACAGCAGACAGAACAACAAAACAAAGAUCUAGAUAAAAGCAAGCGACACAAAUUCAAACAUGUAAAAGAAGAAGUAAUAGAAACUACAAAGUCUGAAAUUAAACAGUCUAAAAAAGAGGAAAAAAUCUCAUCUGCUCUUUCUAUGCUGAGCAAAGCUGGAGAAAUGCCCAUGGACCCUGCUCAGCUGCAAGCACUUCAAAAUGCUGUUUCAAAUGAUCCAGCUUCAUUUAUAGGUGGGCAGUUCUUGCCAUAUUUUAUUCCUAGCUUUGCUUCAUACUUUACACCCCAGCUCCAUGGAACAGUGCAAGGUGGGUAUCUGCCUCCAAUCUGUGGGAUGGAGAACCUGUUUCCUUAUGGUCCAGCAGUGCCUCAAGCUAUUGCUGGAUUAUCUCCUGGUGCACUGUUACAGCAGUACCAACAGUAUCAGCAAAACCUUCAGGAUUCAUUGCAAAAACAACAAAAACAGCAGCAAGAACAAAAGCCACCAAAAGUAAACUCACCAAAUAUAGAAAGUGAACAGCAGCAAAAAGCAAACAAAGAGCCCGAAAAGAAAGAAGAAAAAUGUCCUGCCACGGAAAGCACAAAAGAAGAACCCCAGACACAUCCAAAAAAUGCAGACUUAUCAGACAAUAUCAUUGUUCCAUUUGUCAAGCAUGAGUUUAUGUGCAGAAAGUGCCAGAUGAUGUUUACUGAUGAAGAGGCAGCGGUAAACCAUCAAAAGUCCUUCUGUUACUUUGGUCAGGCUUUGUUUGACCCACAAGAAACAGUGCUUCGAGUUUCAGUCAACAAACAUCAGUGUCUUUCCUGUGAUGUGGCUAUCAGUGGAAGUGAAGCACUUAGCCAACACCUCCAGUCAAGCUUGCACAAAGAGAAAACAAUCAAACAAGCAAUGAGAAAUGCCAAAGAGCAUGUUAGAUUAUUACCUCACUCAGUCUGCUCCCCUAGUCCUAACACCACAUCUACCUCGCAGUCUGCAGCUUCUUCUAAUAACACCUAUCCUCAUCUUUCUCGCUUCUCCAUGAAGUCCUGGCCUAAUAUUCUUUUUCAAGCAUCUGCCAGGAAAGCUGCUUCUUCCCCUUCUUCUUCUUCUCCCUCCCUCUCCUUGCCUUCAACGGUUACCUCAAGUUUGUGCAGCACCUCAGGGGUUCAAACCUCACUACCCACAGAAAGUUGUUCAGAUGAGUCUGACAGUGAGCUGAGCCAGAAGCUGGAAGACUUAGAUAACCCUCUGGAAGUCAAAGCUAAGCCUGCUUCUGGUCUAGAUGGUAAUUUCAAUAGCAUCAGAGUGGAUAUGUUCAGUGUGUAGGAGUGAAGACAGGAUCCCUUGCUUAUAAAAAUAAGACUUUUUAAUUGCAGUUCCAAAGCUUCUUUAACCCAAAAAAAAAUACAGUACCAAAUGAUUGACUCAGGAUUGUUUUCCCAUAUUGAUAUGCUGGCAAUAUAGGACGGUAUAGUAUGGACAGAACUGUUGCAGAUGGUUGAAUGCGCUUGUAAUAUAUGCUUAAAGUAUGGAUAAAGGAAAAAAUCCUCCAAGUUCUUUUGGAACUUGUUUCAAGCCAAAAACUCUCCAAAAGCAAAUUGCACCUCAGCUGGAUUGAAUUCCAAAAUGCUAGCAUGUACUGUAUGGGGGGACGAUCCAGAAUUUUCAAAGAGAAAUUCUCUUAGUUUAGGUAGGUGUGAUUCAGUAGCUUUAAAUUCUCAGGUCAGAACAUAACAUUUCUCAUUUGUUUUUGUUUUUUAAAAAGCAGCAAAAGCCUGGUAAAACUGUGAGUUUUCCCCCUCCAAAAAUGUCAAUCUUUAUUCGAACACAUUUACACAUUUUUAGGUGUGUUUAGUGUAUUAAUUGAUUUCAUAAUCCCUGCUGUGCAGCAGGAAUAUUUCAUGUGAGCUUACCCUGCAGGAUAGUACCGUUUUACCACAGAUGGGAUUUUGGUAGGUGGAAAGAUGUAUAUGCCCUGUGUAUUGCAGUUUGUAUAUGCCACAAGUUAUAUUUAUAACAUAUCAACCCAUUUCAUAGAAUAUACUAAUAUUCUGUGCCAAUUCUACCUUUUUACUUUUACCUCUAAAUCUCAUCCUUUUUGUUCUGAAAGAGGUAAUAAUCCUAGUUUUGAUAUAGACUCUGAGGGUUACGUGACAUUUAUCAUUUGUGAAUUUAAUGCUUUAAUGUCAAGGUACUUGCUUUUGUCUGGACUAGUGCACUUAUAAUUUUGUAGACCAUGUGAAAUUAAUUAAAAUAUUUGUUUUUCUUUUUCUUCACUUUUUCUUUUGGAUCAUUUUUGUUCAGUUGGUUUCUUUUGGAUGUUUCUUUUUGUUGUUGUUAGUGUUCAUAUUGUUGUGUGUAGUGCAGCAGAAAUUUUGGUCUGCAUUUGUUAGAAGUUGGCCUCCUAACAACCCAAAGACCUAACAAUUGGUGCAUAACUAAAGUAGUGCUAUAUACUUGAAAAAAAAAAAACCUAAGUACAAGUUGAACAAAUAAAAAAAAAAAAAAUAUGAAAGGGUAUAUUUGCUUCUACUGAAAGCAAAGAAGCUGCUUUAAAAAUAAUAAUAAUAAUUAAAAAGGGGACUAAAUUGUUUUGUACAAAGAUAUUAGCCU